UUGCCGGUUUUAUUUUUUUGUAUAAGGAUUUUUAAGCAAGUAUAUGCAUAAAAUAAUAAAGUUCGUACUCUAAUAUCAUUAAUUGCAGCGUAUAGAAGCAAAAACAUUACAUAAAACAUAAAUAGUUUUAGGACUUGCUGGGGCAGCGGCAGACGCGUAGGAGCGGCAAAGUGCUAAAGAAAAUACAGUUGUCUUGGCGCCCAAUAUGAGUUCUCGGCCUGGCAAUAUAAGAUUGUGAUUUUCAAUUUAAAAAUGAUUUUAUUUUUCUAGAUAGUCCCCCUUGACUUCAAUAUACUUGGUCGAGCGUUUCUUCCCGGAAGUGAGAUUCUGGAAGACUGAAAAUAUCAAUCUACAGCUAAUUCCUCCAUUGCUAAUUCUUCGUGCAAGAUGUUUCGCACCCUUUUUUCUGAUUUCCUUACUGCCUUAGCUAUAUUUUUCAAAUUCACUUGCCUAUCGUCCAAAACGAUAUUAAGAACUUUUGCGAUGAUUUCCCGUGUGGUUGCUGUUUUUGGCCGUCCUUCACGUGGAUUACCUUUAAGGGACGUGCGACUACGUUUAAAUUCUGCUGCCCACUUUUUAACAAUUGACAUGAAAGAACAGAGUCCCCGUACUCUAAGCCUUUUAUCAACUUCAGAUCAAUUUCUUUAGGAGUUAAUCCAACCAAAACAAACAAUUUUAUCACCGCACGAUAUUCAAGUUUAUCUGUUUUCACACUAAAGUCGUGUACUGUAAAAAUUCGUGUGAGCGAACAAGUUGAAACUUGCCGUACGAACUAAUUAGAGAUGCAUCUAGACAGGAUUUUUUUUCCUACUAGGAAUGCUCUAUCUGUGUAAAGCCUAGAACUUUUCGCCCCGCUCUAGUACCCAUGCCUUUUUUAUUAUUUUAGAUAUACCUUUCGUGUUUUGUGUUUACUUAAACUUUCUUCAGUUUUAAGGUUUGUAGGAUAAGACCUAAAAAUUAUUCAAUCACGCAGGUAGAAAUCCAAUUGUAAAAAGGUAAAAACACAUUAUGUAUGUAAGUAAGUACGUGAAAUGAAGCGUUGUUAUAUUAAGUAACGUUUGUUAUAAUUCAAAUUUUUUUAAUUCCGGAACCCAGGACCUCUAUAAUUAAAAUCCAUAUAGGCUAACCACUGAACGAACGUGAUUUUUUACGAUUUAUUGACAUGCACGACAAAGAUUAAGCUCAGAUAGUGUGUCCCGAAAUACACGUGGACGAAACUCGUUUAAUGAAAUAAAUAUAGAUGACCUUUUACUGUUUAUUACGUCACGUUAUCACUUUAUUAUAACAACUGAUAAUUUAUAAUGUAAAUAAAUACGACGUAAUAAGAUAUGAACACAUGAAACACGAACAUAAAAACCGGUAGGUCAAUUGGUUAUCCUAAAAAUGACUUAAUUGGACUUUCAGGCUAGUAGGUACUGCGAGUAUUUAGAGAAAUAGGUGAGUACUUAGUGUUUUUCAUUUUAAAUCAUAGAAAACAAAAAAAAAAAAAAAUAAAAAAUAAAAAUAUAAAAAAAAAAAAUAUAAAUAUAAAAAACAGUUAUUGUGUGGUCCGUGGGCAUUCAGCCAUCAAUGAAGUCAAGUUCAAUAAAAGAACUUGUUCUUCUAAUACCGAGAGGCUGCUGGCAACCCACUUUGCUUACGUGUGAUGCUACUUUAAUGUUUUAUAUCUUUUAAAAUUCAAAAGAUUUAUAAAUACUCACGUGUAAAAAAAUCUUUACAAAGCAGCAUUAUUAGGUGUAUGCAAUAUACAUACCUACUCCUGUACCCUAUAUGUAGGUAUAAUAUAUCCUAUAGGUACGUAUAUAAGUGUUUUGUGUGAACGAACUUUAAAUUUGAAAUGGUUUAAACAUUACAACCACGCGCCUUAGUUAUCAAUUAUCAUAAACUUAUGCUAGUGUCAAAGUAUCAAGAUUACAAAUUCGUAAUCUAAUUUAAAUUAUUCAAUUCACUAGUAGUUACGCUGUCUCACUGUAAACUUGUGUAAAAUAGUAACAUAAUGGUGGUAAAAGUUUCCAGGUAUUGCUCUACUAUAAUUGGCAGGAGAUACUCAAGUGCUUUGCCAAAAUGCGAUUUUGUACCAAACAAGUAUUAUGGUCCAUCAUUCCAGGAAACAGAGAGGAUAAAAUCCGUGAACAUACCGCCAGUUAUGUUCAACUUAUACAAAAAACCAUUGGUGAUCCACCAGGGUCACAUGCAGUGGUUGUUCGAUCACCAGGGCAGGCGGUACCUUGACCUUUUCGGUGGCAUCGUCACUGUAUCCGUGGGGCAUUGUCAUCCGAAAGUAUCAGCAGCACUACAUAAACAAAUCGACACACUCUGGCACACCACUAAUAUCUAUAGGCAUCCCCGCAUUUAUGAAUACGUCGAGAAAUUAACAGCCAAGUUUCCUGGUGAUUUAAAGGUGGUCUACUUAGUGAACAGUGGCACAGAAGCAAACGAUCUAGCCAUACUUCUGGCCAAGGCGUAUACAGGAAACCACGAUGUUAUAUCCCUGCAGAGUUCUUACCAUGGUUAUUCCAGCGUCAUGAUGGGCCUGACAGCACAACAGGCAUACCGCGCCCCAAUACCUGUGCCCGCUGGAAUUCAUCAUGCAAUGCUGCCCGAUCCCUACAGAGGUAUUUGGGGUGGUUGCAGAGACUCACUAUCUCAAGUGCCUAAUUCAUGUUCUUGUAUUGGUGAUUGUGAUACUUCUGACAAAUAUAUCCAUCAGCUUAAAGAGCUUUUAGAAAAUUCAGUGCCAGCAGGUAAAGUGGCCGCACUCUUUGCGGAGUCCAUACAAGGAGUCAAUGGCACUGUACAGUUCCCCAAAGGAUACAUCAGAAAAGCAAAAGAACUUAUCGGAAAAUAUGGUGGACUGUUUGUUGCUGACGAGGUACAAACAGGUUUUGGUCGUAUGGGUGACGCAUUUUGGGGCUUCGAGAAUCAUGGUAUUAUACCAGAUAUAGUUACACUGGCUAAAGGAAUUGGGAACGGUUUCCCUCUAGCAGCAGUGGUAACUACCAAGGAAAUAGCCAGUGCUCACACCAAAGCUUCAUAUUUCAAUACAUUUGGAGGAAACCCAAUGGCUGCAGCAGUGGGAAAAGCUGUUCUAGAAGUGAUUGAAGAGGAAAACUUACAACAGAACUGUAAGGAAACGGGCAAAUAUUUUAUAGAAAAGCUGAUGGCGUUACAGAAAAUUCACCAUGUUAUAGGAGACGUGCGAGGCAAAGGGUUGAUGCUAUCUUUAGAUCUUGUUGAGCCUGGGACGAAAGAUCCAUUGAACAAACCCCAGUUUGCCAAUAUUCUCGAGAUGAUAAAAGACUCUGGUGCUCUAAUUGGUACUGGGGGACGGUGGGGAAAUAUUUUGAGAAUAAAACCACCAAUGUGCAUCAAUAAGGAGGACGUUGAUUUUGCAAUAUCAGUUUUGGAUCAAGCAUUUAAUACCCAUUCAAAGAAAACAAUAUAAGUGUUCUUUACAAAUUAUAUUGAAAACACUUUUCAUACAUUGUUCUUUUCUGUUAAAUAAAUAAAAUUCUUUAAAGUUGGUACCUACUUAAUUCAAUAUUGUUUUUUAUUGUA